UCUUUAUUGGAGAUAUAACUUUUCCUAGUCCUACGAUUGCAUUGAUACAUAAUAUAGUUCAUUAUUUGGGUGCCAAAACAUUCCAGAAAUUGAAAUGCAUGCUAAGGAAUCUAGUCACCACAUAAACAUUCAAUGUUUGUCCAUUUAGAUUCAGUAUAAAAUUUUUGAUCCUUCACCUAAAAUCCUUCCUUUCUUAAUCGGGAUAUCAAGCAGCUGUUAUAUGCUAUGUUUUUCUUUCGUCCUCAGAUCAGCAUGGAUAUGAGAGGGACUUAGAAUCGCGAUAUAAAAUGUACAAUUGUGCAUACCCUUCGAAAGAUACCUGGAUGCUUACAGCUCUGUUUACCCACUUCAAUCAAAACCACGAGUCGGGAUGCGAGGCUGAUAUGCUGGAGGGCGCGGAGGUGGGACGGCACUCGCCGCCCCGGCCGCAGCAAGAGCCCAUCAACCUUAAGAAUGAGGCGGAGUCUGACCGGGAAAGCGGCGCGAGUUCGCCGGAGGGGGGGGCGUCGCGAGCGCAGCUAGCCGAGCCGCGCACACCGUCGCCGCGCGCGCGCACCCCGCACCAACAGCCACAUCUGAAUGGCUCCAUGGCGUCCAUGUUCCAAAACCUGCAAAACCUGGCGAACAUGCAACAGAACAUGCCACCGAUGUCGCAACAGCUACAGCAACAGAUGUCGCAACAAAUGUCGCAACUCGCCGCGAACCUCCAAGGCCUAACGUCGAUGCCCUCCAAUCCCGUCAUCAAUUCGCCCUUGAACUUGAGCGUUAGCGCACCUGGUAUGGGAUCUCCGAAUCCCGUGGCUAACAACAACAUGCUGCCUCCCGCGGUGCCGUCCCCCAUGCCGCAGCUCAUCCUCGCCUCCGGUCAGCUGGUGCAGGGCAUCCAGGGCGCUCAACUGCUCAUACCGACCUCACAAGGAAUAGCAACACAGACGAUCCUCACAAUACCAGUUAAUCACGUGAACUCCAACGACCAGAUGGUGAACCUAGCUCUAAACAACGGCCAAGUUGUGUCCACGUCUCUCGCUAACCUCCAAGCCAUGGCCCAACCGCACCAGCUACUCAACUCCAACCCCCAACAAUCGACCAACAUUCGGCCCAACAUGCUAAACCCGACGCUAUCGAAUGCCCUCCUAAACCCGGGUUUGCCAAACUUUUUGUCCAACGGUGCGGCCAACGCCCAAGAGCUGCUUCAAGCGUUGCAGCAACAGCCUCAAGGGAACCAUAACUUGCUGCAAACAGUUCAGCAGAACAGCAUGCCGCAGCAGAUGCAGGGGAGACGAUCCUCGUCGCCACGUCCUGAGAGACAUUAUAAGGAGAGAGAAAACUUUGCUGAUCGCUUCGGGGGCGGCUCUAGAGAAAGGAACGAACGGGAGAACCCAGGGUCUGCAGCCAUGAACAGCAUCAACAGGCUCACGGCGUCGAAUGGGGAGAUUACGAUCACUACGUCGCACAACGCUAACGCCGGCCCGGCUAGCAGCGCCGGCAGCGCCGGUUCCGGACCGAUUCCGUCGCCGCACGCGCCGGUCAAGAUGUCGCCGGGGUCUGUGAAGUCACCCUCGCAGGAUGACAGCGAUCUGCUUGCUGAUUCGCCAAAUCAGCCAACCAUCAGCCAGUCCUCUAGCAAUGUGGUCGACGGCAUCAACUUGGAAGACAUCAAGGAGUUCGCGAAGGCCUUUAAACUGCGGCGGCUUGGCCUAGGCCUCACUCAGACGCAAGUUGGCCAGGCCUUGUCCGUCACCGAGGGGCCCGCGUACAGUCAAAGCGCCAUCUGCAGUGCCCUGGCUUCGCAGAUGCUAGCAGCUCAGCUGUCUUCACAACAACAAAACAUAUUUGAGAAAUUGGAUAUAACACCAAAAAGUGCGCAGAAAAUCAAACCGGUGCUCGAACGUUGGAUGAAGGAAGCCGAAGAGAGGUACGCGUCGGGCCAGAACCAUUUGACCGACUUCAUUGGGAUGGAGCCAAGCAAGAAGAGAAAACGACGAACCUCAUUCACACCUCAGGCUUUGGAACUACUGAACGCGCAUUUCGAACGGAACACCCAUCCUUCAGGCACUGAAAUCACUGGUCUGGCACACCAACUCGGCUACGAGCGCGAAGUCAUCAGAAUAUGGUUCUGUAACAAGCGGCAGGCGCUCAAGAACACCGUCAGAAUGAUGUCCAAAGGCAUGGUCUAAAGUUCUAAACACACAACCCCCCAACCAUCACCGCUUCCUGUAUAAAAUGGCGAAUUUUGAACACAUACACAAGUCCAUUAACCCAUCACAAAGGUUCAUCGUAAAACUUUGUUAUACUUAGCCAUCAAUGAACGCUGAAGUGUGUUCAAUCCCAACAGCCAUGUAUACAGGAGGCAUUAUCGUUAAAGACGGCAUAAAGUUGAGAGUAGUGAGGUGCGCUAAUGUUAUCGAUAUCGAUGGUUUCGCUGUAAGAGCUGCACGUAGAAUCGUGAUCUCGUCUCGAUAUUCGUUAUAAUUAUAAUUUGCAUCGAUAGUGUCUUAUUUAUGAUGGCAUUUUUUUUUUCGUUUUUUAUUAAUGAAAAGUCUGGCCUUAACCGCAAAUCUUUGUGCGAUUCCAGCCAAUAUGAAACAUGGAAAGUAGGUAAAUAGUAUUAAGCGUAACGUAAAUGUAUUAUAAAACAAAUUUCGACUGAAAUAUUCGUCUCGAUGUAGUUUACAAUGAUAUGAAUGGAAUGUCGUAGCGUAUUAAUGUAGGUGUUUACUAGUACAAAGUAAUAAAAUUGAAUUGUCAAAAAUCACUUUCCCUUGCAUUUCAACAUUUCCAUUACCGUAAUUUGUAUUUUUAAAAUAAACUGAUCAAAAUCGCAAAACAAAGCUAUUGAAAUAGAAACUUGUACUCUUUUCAUAAAGUUAUCGGCCUAGCAAAAUACACACAUAUGGCAACUUAUAUUAAUUAUUAUUCGUAUUAUUAAACAAAAAAAUAGUAUAGCUUCCAGGUUUUCUUUUGUGAAAAGAUUGCAUUUUGUAAAUAAGUACAAUAUGUUUAAUUUUCGUCAUUAACAAUAUAAUGUAGUUGAUACAUUAAUUUAUUAAAAUACUCUUGAGUUGUUUCGUUCUACUUAGCGAAUGUUGCACUUUAUAGAUAUAAGAUUAAUAUCGAUAUUAUGAAGUAGUUAAAAAUGUGUCGUCAAUCUUAGUAACCUACUAAGAAUUUUUUUAUUAAUCUAUAGUAGGUUUUUGUUGAUAGAUAGGUAUAAAACGAUAUGUAUAGAUUAAUUAAAUAUUAAUAAAUAUUGCCGUAAAAUGUA